AUGAAGUACAACCCACAUGUCUCCUCCUCCCGGAGAAAAAACAGGAAGGCCCAUUUCACUGCCCCGUCGAGCGUCCGCCGGAUCCUGAUGAGCGCUCCCCUCUCCAGCGACCUCCGGUCCAAGUACAACGUCCGAUCCGUGCCGGUCCGCAAGGACGACGAGGUCCAGGUUGUCCGCGGCACGUAUAAAGGCCGCGAGGGCAAGGUCGUCCAGGUCUACCGCAAGAAAUGGGUUAUCCAUAUCGAGCGGAUCACCCGCGAGAAGGUCAACGGGUCCACCGUCAACGUCGGCAUCCACCCGUCCAAGGUGGUCGUCACCAAGCUCCGCCUCGACAAGGACCGCAAGUCACUACUAGAGCGCAAGGCGAAGGGGAGGGCCGCCGCCGACAAGGACAAGGGCACCAAGUUCACGGCUGAGGAUAUCAUGCAGAGCAUCGAUUGA